CCGGAGGAGCCGCGUCUCCGCCUGCCCGCCCCGCACCGCGCCCCGCCGCGUCUUUGCGUGUCCGCCGCUGUCCUUCGUCCGAGCCCGCCCGCCCUGCACCAUGAACCAGGUCGAGCCCGGCGUGCAGUACAACUACGUGUACGAUGAGGACGAGUACAUGAUCCAGGAGGAGGAGUGGGACCGCGACCUGCUGCUGGACCCCGCCUGGGAGAAGCAGCAGAGGAAGACCUUUACUGCCUGGUGCAACUCCCACCUGAGGAAAGCUGGCACGCAGAUCGAGAACAUCGAGGAGGACUUCAGGAAUGGCCUGAAGCUCAUGCUGCUUCUGGAAGUCAUCUCAGGGGAAAGGCUGCCCAAACCUGACCGAGGAAAAAUGCGAUUCCACAAAAUCGCCAAUGUCAACAAAGCCUUGGAUUACAUAGCCAGCAAAGGCGUGAAACUGGUGUCCAUCGGGGCUGAAGAAAUCGUUGACGGCAACGUGAAGAUGACGCUGGGCAUGAUCUGGACUAUCAUCCUCCGCUUCGCCAUCCAGGACAUUUCAGUCGAAGAAACCUCUGCCAAGGAAGGCCUGCUGCUGUGGUGUCAGAGGAAAACCGCCCCUUACAGAAACGUCAACAUUCAGAACUUCCACACCAGCUGGAAGGACGGCCUCGGCCUCUGCGCGCUCAUCCACAGGCACCGGCCCGACCUCAUCGACUACUCCAAGCUGAACAAGGAUGACCCGGUAGGAAAUAUCAACCUGGCCAUGGAAAUCGCAGAAAAGCAUCUGGACAUUCCCAAAAUGCUGGAUGCCGAAGAUUUAGUAAACACUGCCAGACCCGACGAGCAAGCCAUAAUGACUUAUGUCUCCUGUUACUAUCAUGCUUUCGCUGGUGCACAGAAGGCCGAGACAGCGGCUAACAGGAUAUGUAAGGUUCUUGCUGUGAAUCAAGAGAAUGAGAGGCUGAUGGAAGAAUAUGAGAGGCUAGCGAGUGAGCUUUUGGAAUGGAUUCGCCGCACCAUCCCCUGGCUGGAGAACCGGACCCCUGAGAAGACCAUGCAGGCCAUGCAGAAGAAGCUGGAGGACUUCCGAGACUACCGUCGGAAGCACAAGCCCCCAAAGGUGCAGGAGAAGUGCCAGCUGGAGAUCAACUUCAACACCCUGCAGACCAAGCUGAGGAUCAGCAACCGGCCGGCCUUCAUGCCCUCCGAGGGCAAGAUGGUGUCGGACAUCGCCGGGGCCUGGCAGAGGCUGGAGCAGGCGGAGAAGGGCUACGAGGAGUGGCUGCUCAACGAGAUCCGCAGGCUGGAGCGUGUGGAGCACCUGGCCGAGAAGUUCAGGCAGAAGGCGUCCACACACGAGACCUGGGCUUACGGCAAAGAGCAAAUCUUGCUGCAGAAGGACUAUGAGUCGGCGUCACUGACGGAGGUGCGGGCCCUGCUACGGAAGCAUGAAGCCUUCGAGAGCGACCUGGCGGCUCACCAGGACCGGGUGGAGCAGAUCGCGGCCAUCGCACAGGAGCUCAAUGAAUUGGACUAUCAUGACGCCGUGAAUGUCAACGAUCGAUGCCAGAAGAUCUGUGACCAGUGGGACAGACUGGGGACGCUCACACAGAAGAGGAGAGAGGCCCUGGAGAGAACUGAGAAAUUGCUGGAAACCAUCGACCAGCUUCACCUGGAGUUCGCCAAGAGAGCGGCGCCCUUCCACAACUGGAUGGAAGGCGCCAUGGAGGACCUGCAGGACAUGUUCAUCGUGCACAGCAUCGAGGAGAUCCAGAGUUUGAUCACUGCGCACGAGCAGUUCAAGGCCACGCUGCCCGAGGCGGACGGCGAGCGGCAGUCCAUCCUGGCCAUCCAGAACGAGGUGGAGAAGGUGAUUCAGAGCUACAGCAUCAGGAUCAGCUCCAGCAACCCUUACAGCACUGUCACCAUGGACGAACUCCGGGCCAAGUGGGACAAGGUGAAGCAGCUCGUGCCCAUCCGGGACCAGUCGCUGCAGGAGGAGCUGGCCCGCCAGCACGCCAACGAGCGCCUGCGGCGCCAGUUUGCCGCCCAGGCCAACGCCAUCGGGCCCUGGAUCCAGACCAAGAUGGAGGAGAUCGCCCGGAGCUCCAUCCAGAUCUCAGGGGCCCUGGAAGACCAGAUGAACCAGCUGAAGCAGUACGAGCACAACAUCAUCAACUACAAGAACAACAUCGACAAGCUGGAGGGCGACCACCAGCUCAUCCAGGAGGCCCUGGUCUUCGACAACAAGCACACGAACUACACCAUGGAGCACAUUCGGGUUGGAUGGGAGCUGCUGCUGACAACCAUCGCCAGGACCAUCAACGAGGUGGAGACGCAGAUCUUGACCAGGGACGCCAAGGGCAUCACCCAGGAGCAGAUGAACGAGUUCAGGGCCUCCUUCAACCACUUCGACCGGAGGAAGAAUGGCCUGAUGGAUCAUGAAGACUUCAGAGCCUGCUUGAUUUCCAUGGGUUAUGAUUUGGGUGAAGCGGAGUUCGCACGCAUCAUGACCCUGGUGGACCCCAACGGACAGGGCACGGUCACCUUCCAGUCCUUCAUCGACUUCAUGACCCGGGAGACGGCCGACACCGACACCGCCGAGCAAGUCAUCGCCUCCUUCCGGAUCCUGGCGUCCGAUAAGCCGUACAUCCUGGCGGAGGAGCUGCGGCGGGAGCUGCCGCCGGACCAGGCGCAGUACUGCAUCCGCAGGAUGCCCGCCUACACCGGCCCGGGCGGCGUGCCCGGCGCGCUCGACUACGCCGCCUUCUCGUCGGCGCUGUACGGCGAGAGCGACCUGUGAGCCCCGCUCCGCGGUCCCAGCGGGAGCCGCGGCUCGUUUCCCGGAGACUUGGACAAGCGUUAUUAAGCUAAGGGAGAGGGGAGUUUUUGCAGCUCGGGGGUUGCCAGCUCUGCAACACGGCCGUGUGUGACGUAGUGUGCCUCGUACAUAGGUUUCCUUAUUUCUGAAUUUUUAGCUAAACGCGACGAGAUAUCAGGUUUUUUGUUUGUUUCCUUGAUAAAACAAAGCAAAUUACUUGAGUAGUGUGAAAUUAGGAGGACCUAGGGACGGAAGAAAAGUACAAAAUGGGAAAUUCCAAAAUGCCCAAGGUUCAGACCAGGGAAAAAAAAAAUUUGGUAAAUGUUUGAUGUUUUAAAAAAUAUUCUUCAUAUUUAUUAUGCUUAUGUGAUUAUCCCUAGGGAAAUAUGUUUGAGAUCUUAGUGUUUUACUUUCUUGCUUAUCCAAAGAUUAGCGAUAUUUAAGUAAAAAAUGGUACUAUCAUCUCUUUAGUCGGAUUUAAUAUCGUGAGAUGGAACUUCCAGGGAAUAGAAACAGACUACCUACCUGAAAGAUCUUCAGUACUUAACAUUUUUUAAAUGGAGAUUCUAGUCAGCUCUUCAUUGUUCAGCACUAUGCAGUCCCGUUAGUGAGUUUCAACGCCUUACUCACCCUCCCAAGCCGAGACCUCAGGAAACGUGCAAGUCAGCCCGAUGGCCAGAGAGGAAGGUGUACUCACUAGGUCCACGAGUUUUCUAAGGUUAUGUAUCGAUUCCAGGUUUCUGUGCUUUUUCUAGAGCUUGUUAGUAUGGGUCCUCAAGAGAUGACGGUAGACAAAUGCUCUGUUUUUAAAUACAUGCAUCAGCAGUAGUAGUUCCUAACGGGAGACAAGUCAGAAAGCAGCACCCUAUCACCCUCUAGGCAGCCCAUGUGAUGUAGGGGUGACUGGCGGAACCCCUGCCGCCCACCCUUGGUUUUGUGACCGGGUCAGGGGAAGGAGGUGGUGGGGAGGGACGCAGUCCCAGCAGCAGUCGAGGUGAGUUCUUGCAUUGCAGAGCCUUUACCUGCUUGGAGUGAUUUCAUUUUGUGUAGUAGGAAGUUGCCACGUGUUUUUGCCAGCAUUUGGGGGGUGUGGUCCCCGCUGUGACUGGAUGCUGAUCCUCAGGAGCUCGGAGUGCUGCCCUGUCCUCACCCGAAGCCCGGUCACAGGGGGCAGCACGCGCGCUUCCGGCAUCAUCCGAUCUCUGGAAUGUUCUUUCUUCUGCUUGUUCUGCCUUAUGUGAUCGCUCCUCCCUCUGUCUUUCCACAUUGUCGACAGCUUGUAGAGAAUAAAGCAGGAAUUCUGUUUAUAUCUGAGUCUUUAAUGAUCAGGAAAUGGAUUCUAAACAAACAAAAACAGUCGCAAACAGCAGUUCAAGUGUUACUAGAAAAAUAGUAAUGUGCCUGUUCCCCACAGUCUUUUCUCACUUAUUCACAGAGUUCCACCAACAGCUAGAAAUGCGUCAUUUUCCAUUCAUUACUGUCUGGUAACUUCAUACUUUUACUACUUCGGCCCAUUUGGAACCUUCAAUCUUCGUAAAUUUAAUUUGCUUCAUUUUAUUAAGUAAUCGGUAGUUUGCGAAUUCAUGAAAUACCUGAGUCCUUGAGUUCGAUGCCAAACACUUUGGGUGAUGUUUAGAGGAAAUCUGCUUCCUUAUUUCAAGCAGGUGCUAUAUUCCAGCCAGAAACAUUAGGGGGAAACCGGGAAAUUGUUCUGCCUUUGAGGCUACUAGGGGGACUUGUGUUUUAGGAUGGGGACAGGUGGCUCAUCUACCUAAGAUUUUAAUUUCUUUACAAUAUUCAUGCAAGAGAAUGGAUCAGUACUAUCUGCUAAUAAAUGAAGAAAGGAGAUAUACUCUCUAAAACACUUAAUAAACAUGUUUAUACUCUCA